AAAGUGAAAGAGAGAGAGAAAGAAAGAAAGAGAGUGAACAAGGUUUUGAUGAAGACGGGUGAGCAGAAAUGAAAACAAAAAUUAAAGCGUAGUCUCCAUCUUUUUAUUGUAAAUCAGAAACAAGUUAAUUGUUCAAUGGCAACUCCAACAUUUGCCUUGACCAUAUAAUAUCAACUCACAGUUUAACCAUUAAAUGUGUUCAGCAAAAGAUUGGUUCAACAGUGUGUCAGACUCGUAAUAUCAACCAAUUGACAUAAGCAAACUUGAUUACCAUUGUACAUUAAUUGGUUUGGUAAAUAAUUAGUUGUAAAGCAAGAUAAAGAGUUACCCUGUAUGUGUUCAGAAAAAGAGCAACUUCUCUCCAUCUCCCAACAUUAAUGUUUAUAUUGUGUAUUUAUGUACGUAUCUGUGUAGUUGGUGACUCUCCAAACUCUGAGCAUCGCCAAUCAACAGUUUAACUAUUUACCUAUCAACUUGUUGAAUUUAAACAUCAUUUAGAUUGUUAUGAUUAUUGAACCAUCCUGAUUGUGAUGCUGCUUUAUUAUCAUAUAAUUUUUAUCAUGGUAAAGGCAUUUCCUCGUCUUCAUAUCCAUCAACAAACCAACCUCACUCAAUGUUACUAAAGGUAACUCAACGGUUAUGUGUUGUUUAACCAUCUAUUUGGUGAACCUUUUCGCCAUCUGUUGAUAUAUCCAUCAUGGUUAACUAAAUUAAAUUGUUUCCUCCGGUCCAGUUCAAUUUGUUCUUCGAUAUGUGUCACUUGAUUCAAGUUUAAUUUUCCUUAAUUGUGAAGUGUUUCCAAACAAGUAAUAAUAAUCUGCAAAGCCGAAGUCUCAUUGACGGUGAGUCGCAAUAAUAAAAACUCUAAUAACCACCAAUCCGUCUUAAGCUUAAAUCUUUCAAUCACAGCCUUUCUGUAUUUAAAAUUGAUCAAGCCUUAAUUGUGAUAAAACCAUCAUAAAUCAACCAUCAGUUUGAAACCAAAAAGAUUGUAUUCCCAGCUAAAGCAUCAUCUUGUUAAAAACCUUUUCAUUUCGCCGUUUACUUUUGACAUUUUGUUGUCAAAAGGUAUUUCUGUGUUACUCCUCUCAGUUGUAUAUUGGCAUUGUUGGUAACAAUAAAAGUCGACAAGUUGGUUAAACAAAAUCAUUUUGCACUAACAAUCUGAUGAUUAAUAACUACCUAACAAAGUCUCAAGACAUUUUAUCCUAUCAAUUGACGGUUUCCAGCUAUUAUUGAUACCUUUACUGGUGAUUUUCAGCUCAUUUAUCAUUAUUUUCAACCUUAUAUUGUAACAAAAAAAUCUAUUAUAUACGCUGAUCCUGAUUGGAAUAAGGAUCCUAGAUUACUCAGACUAGGAUCAAUUUAAUGAUAAAUUCCUGAUCAAUUCUCUGUCCAGUUUCAACCUUAUAUUGUCUUCUUCAUUGUCCAUCCUCAGCAAAAGGCGUAAACAAUUUUGGCUUUCAUUGUUCUCAAAGUGAUUACAGAUCAUUGAGCUUCUGGUCAACCCAAAAAUCCCUCCACAUUGCUUCCUGUUGUAAUUGAACUUGAAUAGUUGCAAAGACUGAAAGAGAAAAAAAUAUAAAUAAAUUUAAAUUAGGAGAAAAUUUGUUCACAUCAAAUGUCAAAAACAAAGUAUCUGUCUUCUCGUUUCAUCUUGACUCUCAUUUAAUUUCUUUAUCCUCCUUCAGAUGAAACUCCCUUCAGAAUAAUAAAUUUUAUCGUAUGGUUUCAAGUAAAAGCAGCUUCAUCUCAAGAAGAAGAAGACAAACAAAGGUAAAAAAGCGAUCUCGAAAGAAAACGAAGAUAAGAUUAACCAGGAAAGGAGGAAUCAUCCAGAGGGAGGGAGAAGGAGUGAGAGAGGUAAGGGAAUAAAAGUAGAAAGUAUUAAAAAAGGUAGUGAAGAUGAAGUGAGACACAGAAAAGAGGAGGAAAAACAUAGAGGUUACGAGGACAUAUUAUCAGCUCAGGUCUUGAGGGAUUUUGUUGAUUCAAGUCUAUAAGAAAUAGCUUUGAGAAAAGCUUUCUUCUCUUUUUUUCUCCUUCUCUCUCUCUCUCCAAUCGUUCUCUGUCAUUAGUUUCCUCGUUUAGCUGAAAAAAACGAAGAACGAAAUUAAAAUACAAAAUAUUGAAAGAGAUAUAAAAUACCUACCGAAAGAAGACAAAGAAAAUAUUGAAUAUAGAGAGGCGAAAUCAAGCAAAGAAAGAGAGGGAAAUACAAUGAUAAAUCAACAUCGACUUAUGACUGCCCUGGUCAACCUGUCCACUGGAAAUUCCGGAAAUCCCAAUGAUAGUCCAUCCUUUGAUACUCAAGAACAAUUUUGGUCAAUCCUCAACCAAACUAACUCAACAUCAAUAUCAUCAAUCAAUUCAAGUGAAUCCAAUGAUACUUUCAAUAAUGGUUCGCAUCCCUAUUACCCAUCCUCAUCAAUACUGUCCAAUCAUUAUUCACAUUUGGCUUCAUCCUUGAAUAGUUUUGAAAUCAAUCCAAAAACUCGAAAUCCUUAUGGAGCUGGACCGGUAUUACCAGAUGAUAAUGCUAAUUGGGAUGGAUUGUUUCAAUUGAUUGGACUCUCUCUUGUUUCAACAUUAGGUUCAAUGGGUGGCAUUUUUGUCAUCUCAGCUAUAGUUGUAAUUGACACUUUUCAAGUUCGUGGUAAUGUAUACCUUGUAAGUUUGGCAUUAAGUCACCUAUUGGUCACUAUUCUGGUCAUUCCAGCGUCGUGUGUUGCCAUAAUGGCCAAUAUUCCGGGUGACCCGUCCAUUUGUCACUUCCAAUGGUUGGUAACUCUUUCAACUUUAACAAUCUCAGUUAUAUCUUUUAUGUUAAUGUCUGUGGAAAAUUUGAAAGGAUUAACAUCAAUUAUUUCGUAUGAAAAAUGUUGUACAAAAUUACGAAUUGUGAUCAUAGUGCUUAUUACCUGGAUACUGGGUCUUGCACUUCCUUUAACUCAACAUGUCAAUGCGUAUGGUCCUUCUGUGUGUUCCGGUGAUCGCAAUUCAUAUUCAACAAUUAAUCCAACUUAUCAUUUAAUAAUAACAAUUAGUGUUCUUAUUCUUCCCACACUGAUUACUCUGUUGUGCUUUACUCGUUGCUUCUUCAUAAUUAAAUGGUUGCGUUCACAACUAGAAAUACAUCCAACUGAGGAUCCUUGGGCAUAUAUGUUAACUGAUGAAAAUUUGCUCAAAUCUAAUAUUUGUGUUUAUAUAUCAUCAUUUCUCAUGUGGACACCGUUAAUAAUCGCCUCCAUUGUUAAUAUUUAUUCACCAGUGGCUCAAGAGUGGCUGAAUUCAACAUGGUAUUUAGCACUGUGUCAUUCAUGUGUCUACAGUUUUCUGUAUGCAGCAACCAAUAGAGACUUUGCUGAAGCUUUUUUCAAACUUUUCUAUUACUGUUGCUGUAAAUCUCAUGUAACAUGGCAAAGGAAAGGAGGUGGGCCUCGUCGUGGGCCAAGUUACGGGCCAAUGGGCUUAAGAGUUCAUAUAAUACCAGGCCUUAAUAUGUAUUCACAGAGGCGAGAAGGUGGCUCAAGUGGAGGAUCCGUUGGUGUUGGUGGCUCGUCGAGUUUUUCAACGCGAAUCACUUCAAGUGGUGGUGGAAGUCAAGGCGGUGGAAGUUCCUUUGGACACCAUUCGGGUGGGUUCUCUUUCGGUGGACACAGCAGCGGAUUCGGCGGUGGACACUCGUUUGGGGGUGGUUCCUCAUGUACUAGUGGACCUUUUGCUCGAUCAUUUCAAUCUGGGCGAGCUUACAAGACAACCGGUGAUCUUUAAGUCAAUAAACCAGUAACUAAACAAUCCGCAAUCAAUACAAAUUUACUCAAACAAAAGAAACAGAAAAACCAAUUAGUAAAAAUAGUCAACAUACUAUUAAUUGUUUCUCAUUAGCCAACAAAAACAGCUGUACAUAGUGACUAAUUGAUGAAACUUUGUGAUUGGUUGAAACAAUUAGAUUUAACAAAUUAACAUUAGAUGGCAUUAAAACCGUUGAACAAUUUUUGUUACAGCUUUUGAAAUACAAAAAAAGAGUUGAGUGUAACUUUUAAUUAAUUAAAAAAAACAAAAGAAAUGUAAAUCAUUCUAAUCCCUUUUUGAGGCCCAAAAAAUGUUUAAUGUUUAAUUUUAUUGUUAUUUUUAUUAAUUUUUUGCCAUUUAUCAUAGUUGACAAUAUACAUAAUACAGUAUAAAUAAUAUAUACCUUACUCCAAAAUCAAAUGAAAUAAGUAUAAGAAUGAUAUUAAUAUACACAAGAACCCAAUAAUAAUUUGCUCAUCUUAAUUGUGACCCUUCUUUUUUCGUCCUCAUUCCACUUAUAUCCAGUUUGAUUCCUAGCAGUUAUUAAGAAUUAUUAAUAAUUAUUUGGGAACAAAUAUAACAAUGAUGGUAAUAAUGAUUACAUAAAUAAUCAUGUUAAUAAAAUAAUAAAGGGACCAUUAUUUUUAGGUGGAACCUGGUAUGAAAGAGUUUGAUUUCAUUUGCUUCUCUCUGUCCAUUCCACUGUUCAACUCAAUGAUAAUAUGAUUAAAACUAAUACAGUAGUGUUCAGGGUUAAGUUAACAAAAUUGGAGAUGUUUUUCAUAGUCAAUAGUAAAUGAAAGUACCAAUGAGAUCGAACUUUAUUUUGUUCAGUUUUCUAUUGAAUUGUUUUCUUUCUUAUCUCAACUUGAUAUGGUUAAGACGCCGACACCUGAAAAUUAACGUAAGUGUGACCCUUUUUUGUCAACUAACUCUGACCACAACUGUAACAAUAAUCUUUCUCUCUAACUGUAAUUUACUUUCUAUUCUGCUUCUGUCUUUUUUACUGUCAACAAUAUGUUUUCAAUAAAUGUCUCAAUUUACUUUA